AAAAUGGUUACUUGUGUCCCUCUACUGUGAAGACUUGGAAUCCACCAACGUCAGCUUUGAUUGCCAGGUGCUUCAGGAUGUGAAUAUGGUCUGACCUUUCCCGAAUGGACAACUAAAUCAUGGACAUGAGAAGCACCUUACUUGGGACUGUGCUUCCCAAGGAUGACGUGGCUCCUCUCUUGAAUGCUCACUGAGCAUUUUACCUGACAAGGAAACGAAGGACGACAGUGAACUGGAACGUGAUCUUACAAUGAAAAUUACGAGUACAUCUUGCAUCUGCCCAGUCCUCGUGUGUCUCUGUUUUGUGCAGAGGUGUUAUGGAACUGCUCACCACGGCUCCAUCAAGGUGACCAGAAACCAAACCAAACACAUUGAAGGUGAAACCGAAGUCCACCAUCGUCCCAAAAGGGGAUGGGUCUGGAAUCAGUUCUUUGUUUUAGAAGAACACAUGGGACCAGAUCCACAAUAUGUUGGAAAACUGCACUCCAAUUCUGACAAGGGGGAUGGGUCCGUGAAGUAUAUUCUUACUGGAGAAGGUGCUGGGACGAUAUUUAUCAUCGAUGACACCACAGGCGACAUCCACUCCACGAAAAGCCUAGACAGAGAGCAGAAGACACACUACGUGCUGCAUGCUCAGGCCAUUGACAGACGCACAAACAAACCUCUUGAACCCGAAUCUGAGUUCAUUAUCAAAGUGCAAGAUAUCAAUGACAACGCUCCCAAAUUCACCGAUGGACCGUACAUUGUUACUGUGCCUGAGAUGUCGGAUAUGGGUACCUCUGUGCUGCAGGUGACGGCUACCGAUGCAGAUGACCCUACGUACGGAAACAGUGCUCGGGUGGUUUACAGCAUCCUGCAGGGCCAGCCCUACUUCUCUGUAGAUCCUAAAACAGGGGUUAUUAGAACAGCUUUACACAACAUGGACAGAGAAGCCAGAGAACACUACUCCGUGGUCAUUCAAGCCAAAGACAUGGCUGGACAAGUCGGAGGGCUUUCGGGAUCAACCACGGUCAACAUCACCUUGACUGACGUCAACGACAACCCACCACGGUUUCCACAGAAGCACUAUCAAUUGUAUGUUCCUGAGUCAGCUCAAGUUGGUUCUGCGGUUGGGAAAAUCAAGGCAAACGAUGCGGACACCGGCUCAAAUGCUGACAUGACUUAUUCCAUCAUAAAUGGGGACGGCAUUGGGAUAUUUUCCAUCUCCACUGACAAAGACACCAGGGAAGGGAUCCUUUCCUUAAAGAAGCCAUUAAACUAUGAGAAAAAGAAGUCAUACACCCUCAACAUCGAAGGAGCAAAUACACACCUUGAUUUUCGAUUCUCUCAUCUGGGUCCUUUUAAAGAUGCUACCAUGCUCAAGAUCAUCGUGGGAGAUGUAGAUGAACCGCCCCUCUUUUCCAUGCCAUCUUACGUCAUGGAAGUCUAUGAAAAUGCCAAGAUUGGGACCGUGGUUGGCACUGUUCUGGCACAAGAUCCUGACAGUGCUAACAGUUUAGUGAGAUACUCCAUCAACUAUAAUGCUGAAGAGGACAGAUUUUUCAACAUUGAUGCCAAUACUGGAACCAUUAAGACUUCCAAAGUUCUGGACAGGGAAGAGACCCCGUGGUACAACAUCACAGUUGCUGCUUCAGAAAACGACAAUCCCGGUUUGCUGAGCCAUGUCACAGUGGGUAUUAGAGUUCUGGAUGUCAAUGACAAUCCACCCGAACUUGCCAGGGAAUAUGAUGUUGUUGUCUGUGAAAAUUCUAAGCCUGGCCAGGUUAUUCAUACCAUCAGUGCCACUGAUAAGGAUGAUUUUGCCAAUGGACCAAGAUUUAGCUUCUUUCUUGAUGAACGCCUGCCUUUGAACCCAAAUUUCACCCUUAAGGACAAUGAAGAUAACACAGCCAGCAUUCUGACAAGGCGGAGGAGAUUUAGUCGAAGUAUUCAGGAUGUGUAUUAUCUGCCCAUUAUGAUCUCUGACGGUGGAAUCCCCUCUCUCAGCAGCAGCAGCACCCUCACCAUCAGGGUUUGUGCAUGCGAGAGAGACGGGCGCGUGCGGACCUGCCACGCAGAAGCCUUUCUGUCCUCCGCCGGGCUGAGUACAGGAGCCCUCCUCGCUAUUCUUCUCUGUGUUGUCAUCCUCCUGGCAAUUGUAGUACUUUUCAUCACCCUGAGGCGCGGUAAGAAAGAGCCGCUGAUCAUUUCAGAAGAAGACGUGCGGGAGAACGUGGUCACCUACGACGACGAGGGCGGCGGCGAGGAGGACACCGAGGCCUUCGACAUCUCGGCCCUGAGGAACCCGGCUGCGGCCGAGGAGCUCAAGUGCCGGAGAGACAUCCGCCCGGAAGUGAAGCUCACACCCAGACACCAGACGCUGUCCACCCUGGAAAGCGUAGACGUCCGCGAAUUCAUAGAGCAGAGACUGGCGGAGGCGGACCUGGACCCCAGCGUGCCCCCGUACGACUCGCUGCAGACUUACGCCUACGAGGGCCAGAGGUCGGAAGCCGGGUCGAUCAGCUCGCUGGAGUCAGCAGCCACCACGCAGUCAGACCAGGAUUACCACUACCUUGGGGACUGGGGGCCCGAGUUCAAGAAGUUGGCUGAACUCUAUGGAGAAAUAGAAUCCGAAAGAACAACUUAGGGCCGAUGCUCACAGCCUUGUAGACUUUGCUUCCGGAGCCAACGAAGAUGUAACCUCAGCAGUGACAAGGACGACGCUGGCAAACUGUACUUGGGACUGAACGAGCUGUCCACGGCUCCUGUAGAAACAAGUGCCCUUUUUAUAAGUAACACUGGGUUAUAUAAUUGGAAGAAAGU